GAAAAUUCUUUUUCUAUUUUAUUUCUUGACAGUUGUGGAUAGUUUGGCGGAAUGAGUUGGUCGUUGGAAAGUUUAUUUUGGUAUUACGUUAUUUUAGAUUGAAUUAGAUAGUUUGUCGUAGGAAAUGUAUAGUUUAAAAUUUCUUAAAUCAAAAAUUUUUCCUUACGCUCCCACCCCUCUCGUAGAAUUCUAAGAGAAAGUAGGCCGCACUUAGAAUUUAAAAAUGGAAUAUAACUUAAAUUUAGAAGAAAACUCAUUGCGUGAAGAAAAUAAUAAUGAAACCAGCUACAAAAACCCAAUAUGGGUUUUCGGUUACGGAUCUCUGUGUUGGAACCCUGGGUUUGAAUAUCAACAAUCUGUUACUGGAUACGUUAAGGGGUUUUCCAGAAGAUUUUGGCAAGGAAAUACUACUCAUCGUGGAACAGAUGCAAAGCCGGGUCGUGUCGCCACUCUAAUAGAAGACAAAGAGGGUAUAACUUGGGGCAAAGCGUUCCUCAUCGCCGCCGAAGAUAAAGCAGCUCUGCCUUACCUCUCAACAAGAGAAUGCCAAUUGGGAGGCUACAGAACGUAUUCUAUCAACUUUCAUCCACGCACGCUCCCCUCCACGUCAAAUAAUACCGGAAAAAAUGCUCUCCUCUAUGUAGCCAUACCUGAAAACAGACACUGGCUUGGUGCGGCCCCUCUGCCAGAUAUAGCACGGCAGAUUUUAGAAUGCCAUGGUCCAUCCGGUUCUAAUGCCGAGUAUCUUUUGCGGUUAGCCGACUUUAUGAGAGAGGAGGUGCCUGAGGCGUUGGACGAACACUUGUUUUCGCUGGAGAGGCUUGUUAGGAUAUUUGCAGCCGACAUGAAAAUAUGCCUGAAGACGCUAAUCGGUGAAAAGCCAAAAGAUGAAAGCAGAGAUGCUAAGCCCGUUACUAGUUUACAAUUCGCGGCUCGAAUUCCUGAGAAGAAGUUGCGUUGUGUCAAUAUGUGAUAAUACAGCAUUGAUUUGUAUAUUAUUUGUAUAUUGCGCUUUCGCAUUACGUCCGAUCCGAAUCCGAUCCCUACCCGUGAAAAUACGGUUCGGUGUAGUAGAACUAUUACUACGGUUGACGGAAAGAAAUCGGAUGACCGAAGCCGGAUCUAGUGCGUAAACAACCAUAGAAAAACGACUACUUCGGACCGUGUUUUUACGGGUUCGGAUCGGAUUCGGAUCGAGCGCUCUAACACUGUAAUGAUAAAAAUAAAUGCUUUUGGGCCAAAAUUUUAGAUAGAUAAUUUUGUUUGGCUAAAUACGAUAGUCUUACCUAAUACCUUAUUGAUUUCACUUAUAUGCAAUAAGUGUAGAUACAAGUAAUACUGGCCCACAGAAGUAUAGUAAAAUUAAUUAUUAUUUGAUUAAAAUCUUAAAUUUUUGAUCUAAUUACCUCCAUCUGGGGUGGUUUGCUUAAAAUUAAAAGUCUGCUUUUUGACAUGAUAAAUGCACUGAUUUUGUUCAUUUUUUGUAUAUCGUGCGUCGCAAAUGCGCAUACAAUACCUAUAUUUAUUGCAUAUAAGUAAGUGAAAUCCAUGCUGUAUGCUGGAAAUGUAUUACUAGUAAAUGUCGACACAAUAGAGCUAGGCUUCAUAAUAUUAUAAUUUUAUAAGUAAUCAUUUUGGAUAUGCCGCUAGAGACUUUUCGACUAAAUUUAUUAAUUAGUUCUAAGCUACGUAAAAAAAAAGAUAUGGGUUAUGAAGUAGUUAAAUUAUGUUUUUUUGUGUUUAAAGCUUUAAGCCGUUGUUUAUAAUUACUAAGCGUUUUUUUGUGAUUGAGCUGAGCUCUGUAACAAUGUGAUUACCAUUAUUAUGACAAUAGAUAAUACUUUUUGAUAAGUAGGGCGUACCUAAUUAAAUAUUUUAUGACUAUUAAUGAAUUUUUUUUAAUAUCGAAGGUAUUUGAUAAAAUAUGCUUCCUACUCUAAAGGAAAUUCGAGCUAUUUUUAAUAUACGUUUUUAAACAUUGCAUAAUACAUUUUGAUUAUUUUUAUAUAAAAUAUGCUUAGUAUAGGUACUUUAUUAAUGGUAAUGCAUUUUUUGCAAAAGAUAAAUUCACAGGGACAUGACAUUCCUGAAUUGCAAUUUGACAAAUGACAGUUCUAUAGUUUGACGUAGAUGUCAAAUCAAAUUUUAGAACACGUAAAGGCAAUCUUGACGUUAUGUAAGAACCUAGCUAGUCACAAAUAAAUGUAAUCUUAAAAUAACGAAAUCAAAAAGUAUUAUUUUGAAUCUAUUUUAAGUUAAGAUGUUUUGUUGUGACAGGAGAGUUCAAGAAUAUCAUAAGAGUAUUUAUUCAUUCAAAAUGGCUGACUAUGACAUACAUUAAGAAUUAAGAACAAUAUUAUAAUUGUAACACUAAAGGUAUAAUUAUUGUAAUGUCAUGUAUAGAUGAUAAGAUGUAAUUCAAAAAUCAUGUUGUAACAAUAAUUUGUAAUUCGUAUUAAUAAAAUGAUUUUUCAUCUCUU